AUGGCACUCAGUACUACUGCUCGUUUCACUACUUUCAGCGUCCUCUCCCACCCGACCCGUCCCGUCCAUUCUCCCAUCGGUGGUGAGCAUGCGGAUCGUGUGCCUCCCUUGAGAAGAGACCCACAGCCCAAUCUCCAGCAGGUGAUUAGGUGGAAGGAGGAAAGGCGAGUGGGGAAGAUGAAGGAGAUGCUGAGGAAGGAAGUGGAGCUGUCCGUUUCGCCAUACGACACCGCAUGGGUCGCCAUGGUCGGCCGCAACAACAACAACACGCAGCAGCAGCAGCAGCAGGUGGCGCGGUUUCCGCAAUGCUUGAGAUGGGUGGCGGAGAACCAGCUGGCGGACGGGUCGUGGGCUUCACAUCCCGCGGAUCCGCUGCUGGUGAAGGACUCUCUGUCGUCCACCCUCGCCGCCGUCCUCGCUCUGCGCAGAUGGGGUGUUGGUGACCAACUCGUUAAUCGAGGAUUAGAUUUCAUAAGAUCUAACGCAUGGGCAGCCACGGACAAGAACCAGCGCACUCCAAUUGGGUUCGAUGCAACAUUCCCAGGGAUGAUGGAAUCUGCCGCCGCCUUGGGCCUCAACCUCCCUUUUACCCCUUCUACCUUCCAGGCAAUGCUCCUAAACCGAGACCUCCUCCUUCAAAGCGGCGAGUGGGCCUCGGGGAAGAUGGCAGAUGUGGCAUACUCCGCGGAGGGAUUGGCCGCCUUGACCAGAGUCAACGGCGGCGGCGGCGGGCAGUGGAAAUGGGAGGAAGUGCUGAGGAAGCACCAGAGAAAGAACGGCUCUUUGUUUAAUUCACCUUCGGCAACCGCCGCCGCUCUGCUCCACCUCCACGAUGACAAAUCCUUGUCUUAUUUGGACUCCGUCCUCUCCGCCUACAACAACUCCCCAGCUGUGCCAGCCGUUUUCCCAUUGGACCUGUUGAGUCGGCUUGACAUGGUGGAUAACCUCGUCAAAUUAGGGAUACAUCAAUAUUUCACGCCAGAGAUUGCACUCAUUCUUGACGACGUAUACAAAAGCUGGAUCCAGAGGGACGAGGAAUUAUUCACAGACAUGGGUUGUCUUGCCAAGGCUUUCCGGCUCCUGCGUGUCAAUGGAUACCAUGUCUCUUCCGAGGUAUUUGAAGGACUGGAGAGACAAGAAGAGUACAUGGACAGCGUCCUCACCCAGUACAAAACCACGGAGACAAUUUUGGAGCUGUACAAAGCUUCACUGACCACAAUCCUCCAAAGCGAACCGAUUCUUGACAGGAUGAAGGAUUGGACGAGCUCUUACCUCAGACAGGCCUCGUUGUCGUCGUCAUCGUCGCCAAACGGCUCCGACCAGGAGCAGAGGCUGGCCCAAGAGGUGGGAUAUGCAUUGAAGUUUCCGUAUGCAAGUUUGGAGCGGAUCGAGAAUAGACUGAGCAUAGAGACGGCCGGCCUGGACAACGACGUCAAACUUCUCAAGACAUCGUACAGUUGCUCUACCACAGACAAUAAAGAGUGGGUGGAAUUUGCAGUGGAGGACUUUAACAAGUGCCAAUCUCUGCAAAGGAAAGAGCUUGAAGUUCUGGAAAGGUGGGUGAAAGAGUACAGAAUCGAAGAGCUCAAGUUUGCAAGACAGAAGGUGGCUUAUGGCUUCUUUGCGGCGGCCGCCAUUCUUUUCUCUCCGGAGUACGCCGAGGCCAGGAAUUCGUGGGCCAAGAACACGGUACUAGUAACACUUAUUGACGAUUUGUUUGAUGUCGGCGGUUCCGAGGAAGAGCUUCUCAACUUCAUCGACUUGGUCAAAGCGUGGGAUGGAUACGAGUCAGUAGGGUUCUGUUCCGAACAAGUUGAGAUCAUUUUCAAGGCUGUUUACGACGCAACCAACGAGUAUGUGGCCAAGGCUAGCCUGGUGCAGGGAAGAUGUGUCAAACAUCACUUCAUGAACAUGUGGCUUGUGUUGCUGGACUGCAUGUGGCAAGAGUACGUUAGGGGAAGAGACAAGAUCAUCCCGACAAUGGAAGAGUACAUCGCGACAGGAUACGUAAGCGUUGCACUGGGACCGGUCAUCUUGGUGCCAAUGUACUUCUUGGGAUGUGACCUCUCCGAGGAAGCCAUGCUGAGCAAAGAGUACGACGAUCUGUUCAUGCACGUCAGCGUAAUAGCUCGCCUCCUCAACGAUCUCGCCACCAUCGGGCGAGAGAUUGCGCAAGGGAAAGAAAACAGCUUGGCUUUGGGGAUGAUGCAAGGGAAGAAGAACGGGAAGGUGACGGAGGAAGAGGCUCGGCGAGAGAUUCAGGCAAUGAUUGAGAAGCACAGGAAGGAACUGCUGAGGAUGGUGGUGCUGAAGGAAGGUGACGAAGGGAGCAUGGUGCCGAGAGCUGUGAAGGAAGUGUUUUGGCAGACGAGCAAGAUUGUGCAUAUGUUCUACAUGUCCAAAGAUGGCUUCUCUUCGCCACACGAGAUGGUGGCGGCGAUUGAUUCUGUCAUUUACAAGCCCAUAGUGCUGCCUCAUCAACACCACUACUCGACAUGAUCGUCCGAUAAAUUAAUAACCCCCUACCAUUUGUUUGUUUGUUUGAAUGUAUGAUCCGGCCAAUCCAAGAUCAAUCAAUAUCUAGAUUUUGGCUAAUGAUCCAUAAAUAAAUCGGUAAAUUUUUUAACGGUUUAAAAUAUCUAUUUGAGCAGCUAUAGUAACUGUACUAGAUAAUUGGCAC